CCCACUGUCCAGUCCUUCUUGAUCAUCCAAACCUCCACUCAAACCGUCUCAAGAUGGCACCAAAGAGAGCCAAGAGGAGGGCAGGAGGAGGAGACAGCUCCAAUGUGUUCUCUAUGUUUGAGCAGAGCCAGAUUCAAGAGUACAAAGAGGCUUUCACAAUCAUUGACCAGAACAGAGAUGGUAUCAUCAGCAAAGACGACCUGAGGGACGUGCUGGCCUCACUGGGCCAGCUGAACGUGAAGAACGAGGAGCUGGAGGGCAUGAUCAAGGAGGCCAGCGGCCCCAUCAACUUCACCGUCUUCCUCACCAUGUUUGGAGAGAAGCUGAAGGGUGCUGACCCCGAGGACGUUAUUCUUAGCUCCUUCAAGAUCCUGGACCCCGAGGGUACCGGAACCAUCAAGAAGCAGUUCCUUGAGGAGCUCCUGACCACUCAGUGCGACAGGUUCUCCAAGGAUGAGAUUAAGAACAUGUGGCAAGCCUUCCCCCCAGAUGUUGCUGGCAACGUAGACUACAAGAACAUCUGCUACGUCAUCACACACGGAGAGGAUAAGGAGGGGUAAAGAGAAAGUUAGAAGACAAGAAAGACAACAAUCCCUUUGCUUUUCUGCCUUCCCUGUGCUUUCCUUUCCUCGUCCUCCUCGCUCACCCUCUGUGUACAAACCCAUGCGCUCAGCUGCUCGUGUGGAAACCAGACUUGUCACACCGACAUGUGAGAAGGCUGAAGCCCAUGGGAUGUCUAUGUUUGCUUAUGGGGAAUAGGGAUGAUUUUAAAUAAAAUGAUCCUGUAAAAUAUUUUCCAUCUACAAGCUUUUCUCAAACACCAUUUCUUCCUCUGCAACAUCUUUUGUUUUCUCACUUCUACAUUUCUGUCUGUCCUGUCACUUCAGCCUCUGAGGCGUUUGUAAGAAUAAAACUCGUCUCUGCUUCCUUCAGUAUCUGAGAGGAAGACGGCAUUACUAUUCAAGUAGGGCACAGAAAACAUGAGGAUUUCAUUCCAAACUGAAGAUUUCCUCUUGGGUGGAUAAGGAGAGAGGACAGAGAGCGUUGCAGGUUAGAGAGGAAAGAGUUGCAUCCUUAAAGUGAUGGCAACAUAAAAAAACAAAACAAACAAAAAAAAGAACGAAGGAGAGGAGAGAAAGGGCCGAAAGAAAACAUUCAAGUCUUCGAUUUCUUUCCCUCUGCUCCUUCCUGCAUCCAUUAAAUCACCUGUUGAACCAUAAGCUGUGUCGACUUCAGUGACUGGAAUCUUCCUUGCAUUUCCUCUGUAAUGAAUAAAAGGG